AUGCCAAUAGUCCAACAAGUUCGUCUAGGGUCUUCAGGGCUAAAGAUAUCUCCUAUUAUUGUAGGUUGCAUGUCCUUUGGGUCCAAAUCUUGGGCGCCAUGGCUUUUGGAUGAUAAGGAAGAGAUUUUCAAGAUUUUGAAAUAUUGUUAUGACAACGGACUUCGUACUUUUGAUACAGCAGAUAUUUACAGUAACGGUCUGAGUGAGAGGUUGAUUGGUGAGUUUCUUAGGAACUACAAUAUUAACAGGGAAACAGUUGUGAUUUUGUCCAAAGUGAACUUUCCAGUUGACGAGUCAUUAGAUCUGAGUGUAAAAUCUAUUUUCAACGUAGAUGAGGUCACUGCCCUUACUCUAACCAAUCAAAGAGGCCUUUCCCGGAAGCAUAUAAUUGACGGCGUAGCAAAAUCUGUGGAAAGGUUGGGCACGUAUAUAGAUGUCCUUCAAAUUCAUAGGUUUGAUUCAGAAACCACAAUGGAAGAGACAAUGAGGGCUUUGAACGAUGUUGUUGAAAGCGGGCAUGCUAGGUACAUUGGUGCUUCUUCGAUGUUAGCAACAGAGUUUUCUGACUUGCAAUUUACUGUCGAAAGGAAUGGUUGGUUCAAGUUUAUUAGUAGUCAAUCACAGUAUAAUUUAUUGUACCGUGAAGAUGAGAGGGAGCUUAUUCCAUACGCUAAGCGUCACGGGAUUGGUUUGAUUCCAUGGUCUCCAAAUGCUAGAGGAUUGUUGACAAGGCCUGUAGGCGUUGCUACAGAACGGUCAUCUUCUGAUCCGCGUUUUCAGAAACUGACCAAUGCUGGCAUGGAAAUCAUUAACCGUGUUGAAGAAGUUGCCAAUAGGAGAAAUGUCAGUAUGGUGGUGGCUUCAAAUGCGUGGGUCUUACAUAAGGGGUGCCACCCCAUUGUUGGCAUGAGCUCAACCGCCAGGGUUGAUGAAGCCGUUCAAGCCUUGACUUUCAAACUCACCGAUGAAGAGGUAAAAUACAUCGAAGAGCCAUACAGGCCAAAAUCCUACGAAUGA